GUAUCUAAAAGAAAAAUUUAAAAACAUAUGAAUUAUUCACAGAAUUAUUGGCAAUUGUAUAACAAUGUAGAAAUUUUGCUGUUUUCUAAGCUACGUCCAUAACAGGCAGUUUUUAUGUUUUUUUUUUUUUGUAAUUAAGGAAUUUGCACACAAUUUUAAGAUAGCCUAAAUAACGACAAAUUAUACAACAGAAAAAAAUAUUGAUUUUUACCAAACCAGUUUUGGGGGAAAAUUUAACCAUUUCUUUGAAUUGCAAGGGUGAUGACAGAACCAAAUGAAGAAUUUGAAUGCCUUGGUGAUGCAUGUGAAAAUCAAUUUGACACCAUCAUUGGACUUAUUGAAGAUAUAAUUAUUGAAUCAGAGUUUAUUGAGUUACAGAAAACUUUCUUGGAAAAAUAUCACAAAGAGUUUGAACCCUGUGAAGAAAACAAAUUAGAAUAUAUGGAUAUAUUCAAUGCAUAUACUGAACUUAUUGAAAAAUAUAUUGAAGCAUCACUACUUGCAAGGUUUCCAGAAUUUUCCAUGAAGAAAUUUUUGCAAGACUUAAAAGAAAACCAUUCUGAAUUAGAAGGUGAGGUGUUUGACAUUUUAGUCAAAGAAGGAAAGAUCCCUGAUUUAUCAUUGAACAAUGUAUCGCAUCACAAAACCUGAAUGUAUCAAACACAAAAAUUACAGAUUAUACAUAAAUUGC